CUCUCUUUUCCUUUCUCUUCACUUUUACCUCUUUUUUCAACUGUUACCAUGCCUACAGAUAACACGCCAUCGGACAACGAACGCUCUAGCAGUGAUAAAGAAGCAGCUAAUAUGAAGUUGGAAACAGUCGUUCAACGCUUUCUCGAAAAGUGCAACGAGCUGAAUGAAAAUCCAAGCUUAUGGCGUUUUGUUGAAGAAAACACUGAUUUCAUCGCAAAGAAUUCCGACAGGAAUUCAGCGAUUGAGGCCAAGUGGGCUGGAAUUUUCGGUGCAGCAAUGAAACAGCGUAAAAUCGAAGUAGCAAAAGUAAACAAGAAGCCGGAUUUCGGGGCAGUGGCUUUGAAAAUGUUGGAGCUGGCAAGGGAGUCGAGCAAGGAUCACUCUACAUCAGCAGUGACAGCAACAACAAAAACACCAUCUCACACAUCCUUUUCAACAUCCUUGUCAUCCGCCGACAAAGCUAGACUGGCUCAAACGUUCCAAAAUCUGAAAGAAGAUAGGUUCUGGGCGCUUCAUUUGGAUGAAAGUCUCAAUGUUGAUCAGAGAGUAAUCGAAUUCGCCCGAUCAUGCAACUACUAUCACCCGUCGCAAUCUUUGAUCUUGGAUUUGGGUGAUGGUAACUGGGAAACAGUAUUCAGCGGCGCCCAGCUAGACAGGAUCGAAGCAUUUGGUGAUCCACUAUUUUGUGAUUUGCCGGCUGAGAUCAUCGAGAUUCUGAACGAGGUGUCAAAAUUGAAAACCCCGAUGGAGGCGUACAAGUUCGCUCGCACUUUGGAUUUCGAUCCUAUAAAAGAGCCUCUGAAGCAUUGGGUGAGCCUCGAGCUCCAAAAAAGCUCGCAACUGCACUUCUACGGCGAUUUUCAUUUAACAAGUAUGCUGGAGUCAGAUCAGCAGUACGAGAUGUGGUCCUUUUUGAAGUCCAUGGUGAACGGCAAUAAAAUCAAGGCAGUAGGCAAAGAAGGGUCGAGCAAAGCGAAUGCCGACGAAAACAACAAGAAAAGGUGCAUAUCUGCCGUAGACCCCGCGAUACACCGCAAAAUGGGGCGUAAAAUGGACCUGCUCUACGAAAGUAGCGGCAAAGAGCUAGGUUGCAUUGAGAUUGGCAAGGACGAAGACCAGACGAAGGAGAUGAAGGAUGGGCUGUUGAAGAUGCCCAUCGUCAUGCAUGACAUGCUUUUGCAAGUGGCAUUUUCAGAAAGUCUCUUACGUUGCGUGCAUGUGCUCGGCUUCGUGAUAGUUGGUAUGUGCAUCCCCCAAAUGUCAUCGUCUAUGAAGUCUAACAGUGAAACAUCUCCGACCUAA